AGCCACUCCCAUCGAAGUUGGGUGACAUCAGGGUCUUGCCAAAAUAUCUUUCACAACUACUUUGAGUUUAGCAUCUCGGCAGUCACUAAAGAUAAUCUGACGACCAAUUUAAGCCGGUACAGGGGAAAAAUAAAAAAGAAGAAGACAAAGACCAAGGAGCUACGGUGAGGAUUAGUUUUCUCAAUAUGCCGUCCGCAGGACAGACGCACGCGCGCUCACAUGCGCUGCUCCUCUUUCAGAAACUACUCAAUCUGCGCGAUAGUGCAAGCCCACUGACACUGGUCCUCGACACUCUGGAACAAAGUGGUCGGCCGGUGCUCCAUGAGUUCAUCGCCAGAGCCAAGGUCUCACGAUCCAAGAUCAUCUACCUAUCCUUUGGGACCCUGCGCAAGCCCACAGACGUAGAGAUCUUCGUCAGGGCGCGGGGUAAGUCGCUCGACAGCCUGCGGUCCGAGAUCGUAUCGCAGUACCCCAAGGCGGGCGCUGCUGGUGCUGCUGGCGCGGGCGGAAAGGUGCUGCUCAUCAUAGACACGCUGAAUCCGCUAUGCGGCACGGCGCCAUCGCACCUGCCGCAGUUCCUGUCGUCGCUCAUCACGGGCCCCGCCGUCUCGCUCGUGGGCCUGUACCACACGGACGUGCCGGCGGUGCUGCCCCGGACGUUCGGCGAGUACGAGCCGCACCCGCUGACGGUGCUCUCGCACCUCGCGACCGCGAUCCUGCAGGUCGGGAGCCUGCACCAGGCCGCCAAGCGCAGGGAGGCGCAGAACCGCAGCCUGGCGGAGCCGGAGUGGGGCCUCCACGAGGGUCGGGAGGGCGUGCUCAUCGGACUCAAGGGUGAUAGGGGGGCAGCCGAUGGCCUGGUGGUCGAGAUGGAGAUACGGCGACGCAGCGGGCGGUCCGUGGGAGAGAAGUUCGUCCUUAUCACUGGCGAGAAGCUGGGACUGGGAGGAGCAUCGCGGAUAUCGCUCUUGAAGGAUCAUGCUAUGUUUAGGGAUCCGGCGGCGGAUGAGGACGAGGCCAAGGAAGGUGAUGAGGCGGAGACGACGUUCAGCCUGGGGUUGACGGAGAAGCAAAGAAAGGACCGCGAGGGCAUCGUGCUGCCGUACUUUGAUGCGCAGACGGAUAUAGGGGCUGGUGAGGGUGGCAGGAUCCUUUAUGAGAUGGGCAGAGAGGAUGACUUUGAUGACGAAGAAGAUGAGAUCUAAGCAUAGUCAAUGAAGUGAAAGCUAGCCCAAUGGCAAUGGACAA